GGGUAACCCAUCCAGAUGAGGAAAAUAUCCUGGUUAGCCCAGUUCAUGCCCAGGUGCAGAAGGAAGGCAGUCACUUCUCAAGCCGUUCCCCCUCCCCCCCCCUUCCGGCCUUCUUCCAACGCGCAGGCGCAUAGAGUGCACCAACAUGGCGGCCCCCGUGGAUCUGGAGUUGAAGAAGGCCUUCACAGAGCUUCAAGCGAAAGUUAUUGACACUCAACAAAAGGUGAAGCUUGCAGAUAUUCAAAUUGAACAGCUGAACAGAACAAAAAAGCAUGCACAUCUUACAGAUACAGAGAUUAUGACUUUGGUAGAUGAGACUAACAUGUAUGAAGGUGUCGGAAGAAUGUUUAUUCUUCAAUCCAAAGAGGUAAUUCAUAAUCAGCUGUUGGAAAAACAGAAAAUAGCAGAAGAAAAAAUUAAAGAACUAGAGGGAUCGAAUUCAGGACCUUGCGCUUUCAAGGCAGGCAUUGGAACCACUGAGCUAAAUCCCUGGCUCCAGGUGUCUUCCUUAUCUCCUUGGAUUACGUACCUGAGUGCACACCACAUUAUCCCCUUGAAUGCUUCUGAGUUAUUGACCUCAAACUCCAGUGUUAGAUGCUUACAUGCAGAAAAAGUCCUACCUGGAGCGAAGUGUUAAGGAAGCUGAGGACAACAUUCGGGAGAUGCUGAUGGCUCGAAGGGCUCAGUGAGCCGCUAGAGGACACUCCUUUUAGACCCCUCUCAUCUUGGCAAGGACAGAAAGACCUUCGCGGGGUGGCAGCCUCCCUCUACUCAGAUGGACAUUUUAUCUGGUUGGCCCAGCAACCAACCCCAUAUUUUCUGUAUUGCCCUGAGCCACUUUCAGGUUCCACUCUGUAUAUUCCCCCCAGCUUUGCCUGCCACCCCUUACCUGGAUACUCUUCUCUCCUGAGGUGAUCCAUGAACUCCCAGGAGAGGGAAGAUGGGAGGCAGGGCAGAUGGGUGUGUUCUGCCCGAGCCUGCCACUAGGUAAGCUACUCAGGCCAAUAAAAGGUCUGUCCUUUUAUUCUGUC